ACUUUCCCUCCACCCUAAACACCGCCCUAAGGGCGGCGGCGCCGGCGACCGCGGUAACUGCAGCUGUUCAGGGGCAGGGCUUGCCCUGGCGCCGAGUUAGUGGCAACGGCGUGUUGCGUCGAGGGUGCUUGGGAGCCGGGAGCCUGAAAUCAGCCGCUUUCCAGGCAUACACAUUCUCACACAGGAAGAGGUGAUACCGAAUCAGCUGGGGGCAGCGGGACCACCUAGUGGGGCUUCCCCAAGUUGAGGAGAGGUCGGGUUACAGGUCACAGGUGAUAGGGCCGGAGAAAGAUGGAGCAGCCCGGGGCGGCGGCAACGGGAGCGGGAGGCGGCAGCGAGGAACCCGGUGGGGGCCGGAGCAACAAGCGGAGCGCGGGGAACCGGGCCGCCAACGAAGAGGAAACGAAAAACAAACCUAAAUUGAACAUUCAAAUAAAAACUUUGGCAGAUGAUGUGCGUGACCGGAUUACAAGUUUUAGAAAAUCUACUGUCAAAAAAGAAAAACCUCUUAUUCAACAUCCUAUUGAUUCUCAAGUUACAAUGAGUGAGUUUCCAGCAGCUCAGCCAUUGUAUGAUGAACGAUCUUUGAAUUUGUCAGAAAAGGAAGUACUGGAUCUCUUUGAAAAAAUGAUGGAAGACAUGAACCUUAAUGAAGACCGUAAAGCUCCUUUACGAAAUAAAGAUUUUACCACCAAGCGUGAGAUGGUUGUCCAGUACAUAUCUGCUACUGCCAAAUCUAUAGUUGGAAGUAAAGUUAUGGGAGGGCUGAAAAACAGCAAACAUGAAUGUACCUUGUCUUCACAAGAAUAUGUUCAUGAAUUACGAUCUGGUAUUUCAGAUGAGAAACUUCUUAACUGCCUUGAAUCUCUGAGGGUUUCUUUAACCAGCAAUCCUGUCAGCUGGGUUAACAACUUUGGCCAUGAAGGUCUUGGACUCUUAUUGGAUGUUCUGGAAAAGCUUCUGGACAAGAAACAGCAAGAAAAUAUAGACAAGAAGAAUCAGUAUAAACUUAUUCAGUGCCUCAAAGCAUUUAUGAAUAAUAAGUUUGGACUGCAAAGAAUUCUAGGAGAUGAAAGGAGUCUUUUGCUUUUGGCAAGAGCCAUUGAUCCCAAUCAACCCAACAUGAUGACUGAAAUAGUAAAAAUACUUUCUGCUAUUUGCAUUGUUGGAGAGGAGAACAUUCUAGAUAAACUUCUAGGGGCUAUAACUACAGCAGCAGAAAGAAAUAAUAGGGAACGAUUUUCACCAAUUGUGGAAGGAUUAGAAAAUCAUGAAGCUUUGCAAUUACAGGUGGCCUGCAUGCAGUUUAUAAAUGCCCUUGUCACUUCACCUUACGAGCUUGAUUUUAGAAUACAUUUAAGGAAUGAAUUCCUACGUUCAGGACUAAAAACAAUGUUACCAGAUCUAAAGGAAAAAGAGAAUGAUGAGCUUGAUAUUCAGUUGAAAGUAUUUGAUGAGAACAAAGAAGAUGACCUAAAUGAAUUAUCACACCGUCUCAAUGAUAUUCGAGCAGAAAUGGAUGAUAUGAAUGAAGUGUAUCAUCUUCUAUAUAACAUGUUGAAGGACACUGCUGCUGAAAAUUACUUAUUAUCCAUUCUACAACAUUUUUUGCUCAUCAGAAAUGAUUAUUAUAUCAGGCCACAGUAUUACAAAAUAAUUGAGGAGUGCGUUUCACAGAUAGUGCUGCACUGCAGUGGUAUGGACCCAGAUUUCAAGUAUAGGCAAAGAUUAGAUGUUGAUUUCACACAUCUAAUAGAUUCUUGUGUGAACAAGGCAAAAGUUGAAGAAAGUGAACAAAAAGCAGUGGAAUUUUCAAAGAAGUUUGAUGAAGAAUUUACAGCUCGACAGGAAGCUCAAGCUGAGCUUCAAAGAAGAGAAGAAAAAAUUAAAGAGCUUGAAACAGAAAUCCAGCAACUUCGAACCCAGGGAUAUGGACUCUCAGGUUCAUCAGGAAUUCCAGGCCCUCCUCCACCACCUCUCUUGCCUGGUGGUGGGUCAUCCCCACCACCACCACCACCACCACCUCCACCAGCACCACCUCUACCUGGAGGAGCUCUCCCUCCUCCUCCACCUCCUUUACCUGGAAUGAUUGGCAUACCACCACCACCACCUUUGUUUGGGGGACCUCCUCCACCAUUUCCCCUUGGAGGAGGAAUUCUUCCGUUCCCAGAAGUACCUCUUGAUCUGCCUUAUGGGAUGAAGCAGAAGAAAUUAUAUAAACCUGAGGUGCCUAUGAAGAGAAUCAAUUGGUCAAAGAUUGAACCGAAAGAACUAUCUGAGAACUGUUUCUGGUUAAAAGUUAAGGAGGACAAAUUUGAAAAUCCAGAUCUCUUUGCAAAAUUGGCACUGAAUUUUGCUACCCAGAUGAAAGUUCAAAAGAAUGUAGAAGCUUCAGAAGAAAAGAAGAUCCUUCCUGCAAAGAAGAAAGUGAAAGAAUUGAGAAUUUUGGAUCCCAAAACAGCCCAGAAUCUGUCUAUUUUCCUAGGAUCAUAUCGUAUGCCAUAUGAAGAUAUAAAAAAUAUUAUUCUGGAGGUUAAUGAAGACAUGCUGAAUGAAGCCUUAAUUCAGAACCUUGUAAAACAUCUUCCAGAGCAGAAAGUACUCAGUGAAUUAGCACAGCUGAGGAAUGAAUAUCAUGACCUCUGUGAGCCCGAGCAAUUUGGAGUUGUGAUGAGCUCAGUGAAAAUGUUGCAACCUCGUCUCGAAAACAUUCUUUUCAAGCUCACGUUUGAAGAGCAUGUAAACAACAUCAAACCAAGCAUCAUAGCAGUAACUCUUGCCUGUGAAGAGCUGAAGAAAAGUGAAAGCUUUAACAGACUUUUAGAGUUAGUUCUUUUGGUUGGAAAUUACAUGAACUCAGGCUCAAGAAAUGCCCAGUCUUUGGGUUUUAAAAUCAACUUCCUUUGUAAGAUCAGAGAUACUAAGUCAGCAGAUCAAAAAACAACCCUCUUGCAUUUUAUUGCUGAAAUUUGUGAGGAAAAAUACCGGGAUAUCCUGAAGUUUCCUGACGAACUGGAACAUGUAGAAAGUGCAAGCAAAGAGAAAACUGUUGAAAAAGUAUCUUCAGGUAGCAGUGAAAGAAAACAGAGACCAGGCCAUUUGGAUUUGAGUAAAAUGUUUCAAUUUUCAGCUCAAAUUCUCAAGAGCAACCUUACAGCAAUGGAACAACAAAUUAUUAAUCUGGAACGUGACAUCAAGAAAUUCCCCGAAACAGAAGAUCAACAUGAUAAGUUUGUGGAGAAGAUGACAAGCUUUACAAAGAGUGCCAGAGACCAGUAUGAAAAACUGUUCACCAUGCACAAUAACAUGCUAAAGCUCUAUGAGAAUCUUGGAGAAUACUUUAUUUUUGACUCUAAGACAGUGAGCAUCGAAGAGUUCUUUGGUGAUCUCAGCAACUUCCGAACUUUGUUUCUGGAAGCAGUGAAAGAAAACAACAAGAGAAAAGAAAUGGAAGAGAAGACAAGGAGGGCAAAGCUUGCAAAAGAGAAAGCUGAACAAGAAAAGUUAGAACGCCAGAAGAAAAAGAAACAACUCAUUGAUAUAAACAAAGAGGGUGAUGAGACUGGUGUGAUGGAUAAUCUUCUAGAAGCCCUACAAUCAGGUGCAGCAUUCCGAGACCGCAGAAAGCGAAUUCCAAGGAAUCCAGCUAUUACUGGUGUUCACAGAUUUUACAACUGCAAUAUUUCUGAAAAGCUGGUCUGAACACUUUGGAACAUAUACAGAGGCAGUUUGAUAACAGACGAGUACCUUUGGAAAGAUCACGCUCUCGCCACAAUGGAGCUGUCUCAUCUAAGUGAAUCCUGAUGCCAAAGAAUAUGAAAAUAUUUAAGUAAACAAAAUUCAUACAUUUUGAGAAGAACAAAAUAUCCACUCAAGGGAUAGAGAAUAAAUUAAUGCAUUAAUUCAAGGAUCAAGCUAAGCUGGGUGAAAUGGCAUGUAUUUGUAUUUGUAAAGCUAUUGCAAGAUGCCUCUCACAAUUAUACUAAUACAAACACAGUUACAAGGGUUAUAAAACGUGUUCCAUUUUAGUGUAAAGAUGUGUAUUAUUUGUUACUGUGUGUGACCUGAUGAUAAUAAUGAAAUGUAUAUGAAAUUCAAAAACAUUCAGUCUGUCAAAAAAUUACAAUGUUAAUCAAAUUUACAGGUCACCCCCCCCAAAAAAAAGUAAUAGAAAGAAUUAUUCAAUGUAUGCUUCUGAUUCCUGUGACAUAGAAAAAGAAAAGGCCAAUGAAAAUGUCUGUAUUAAUGAUUUGGAGAGGUACUCUGUAAGACAAGCCAUUUUGGAAGCUAAAAAAAAGUACUGCUUCAACCCUAUGAAUUUAUUUAGAAUCUUACUCAAGUGAAAGCUGAUGAAUUCGUCUGCUUUGGCGAAUUAAACUUAUCAUUAAUUAAUUAAUUAAUUAUAAUUAAACUUAUCAUUAAUCUAGAGUUUCAGUAUGAUGUUGUAGGCACUUAUCUUUGUUAAAAAUAAACCAGAGUUUAACAGAAGCAGUUAGAGAAAGUGACUUAAACUUUAUUUAAAGAGGUAUUUUCUAAUUACACACAUAUAUCUACUUUAUACAAAUACCAUAUGACUAUUUUUUUGAGAAAAACCUCACAUUUCAAUGUUUAUUCUGGGAUGAACCUGAAUAUUCUGUUACCUUUAUUAAGAUUUUUUAAAAGGUAAAUAUUGAUUCCUGUUCUCUGUGGUUAUUUCUUCUAUUGCUUCUUUCUCUCAUGACCCCCAUGAAAGCAGGGAAUAGAGUUUCUAAAAGACCUGAGAGGAAAAAGAUUUCUCUCUGCAGGCAGCAGGAAACCGUCUGAAGGUCAACUGUUUUAUCUCCCUUUCUAUUCCCCUUUCCAAUUCUACUGUGGUGGUCUGAAGAAGAAAAAAAUUAUAUGUAUGUAUGUGUAUAUAAGUAUAUGUUUAUAUCUCCUGCUACAGUAAUUCCACAUCCCAGUAACUAAGUGAAUUUCUCAAUCAUCAUCAUACUUACUUACCUUACAUUAACAAAUUAAAAUGAUGCUGCUAAAACAACCCUACAUUUUUCUUAAAUAGAUGAAGGCAUAGAAGUUAACUUACUUGUCUAUUACUUUAAAAUAUGCAUUGAAAUAAUGUGGUAUAAAUUCUCUGGAGUGUAAUCUUAAAACUAACCCAUGCAGAUGAUUGUCAUUACUGUAAAAAAUUUCUUAUGUAUAUUUCUUAUAUAGAAGAUCCUAUUUCUACUUCUCCAAAGCACAUUAUAGAUAUUCAGAAAGAACAAAUGACUGGCUUGGCAAGUCACCAUCUGAAAUAAUGUAAACAAGUGACCAGUGAUUCAGUCUCCUUUAAAUAGUUGCAUAAUGAUUCAAAGUGCUACCUUUUCCUCCAGUGCGUUCUUACUUGGGCAUGAUAUUUGAAAAAUCUCUGAAGCUGCUAAAAUAGAGAUCAAAAAUAACAGUAUCUGAGAUUUUACAGUUUUAUCCUAUCUUAAGAUACACAUAGGCAUAUACAAACAAGUUUGAGGGACAUAAUAAUUUCAUACACUUUUUCUUAACAACAAAGAUAUACAAAUUUAUGUAAGUAAUUAAUGUGUGUAUUUUUGACUUAACAUAAUGUUUUCUGAAAUUUUCAUGGUAUGGCCUAAGUCCUUUAGUAGCCUUUCAGGCUGUAGGAAAGUGAUAUUUUGAAAUAUCAAUCCUGACUAAAAUUUAGGGACAUUUGCCAUGCCAUAUUAUCAAGAUGGUCAGGAAAAAAAAAAAGAUGGUCAGGAAAGAAAUAUUGAUGUGUAUCACCUCUUCAACAUGUGAACUUGCCUUAUUUUUUUAGUUUGUGAAAAGAAUGAAAUACUAUUAUUGCUAAAUUAUAUAUUUGUAUUUGGACAAAUCCCACAAUGUUUUCACAACAGUAGGGAACCUUUCAGGGUCUUUCAUGAAAUUCCAAUAAUUGAGUUAAAGGAUUUGCUUCCCAGAGUUAUAAUAGUCCUGCUUUAGCCAUUUGCAGUUUUGUUUGAGACUGAAAAUUAUCACCAAAAAAGUACAUAGUAACAUUUUUAGUAUAGAACCAAAUUAUACUGAAAUCUUUUGUUAGGUUUUUUACUGCCACAGUGAGAAGCACCAAUUUAUGCAGAUUUCCUUCAGAAUUAUUUUUAAAAAUACAAAGUCCUUAAAAUGUUUAUUAAUUGCAUUCAUCUCCUUUGGGUGCUGUAACAAAGUACCACAAACGUGGUGGCUUAACACAUCAGAAAUGUAUUCUGUUAUGGUCCCUGUGGCAAAAUGUCCAAAAUGAAGGGUUUGCUCCCUCCAAAGUCUCUAGAGGAAAAUCUUUCCUUGCCUAUUCCCACAUGUAGUGACUACUGGCCUUCAUUGGAUGAUGGCUACAUCUGUCUCUGCUCCAUCUUGACAUCACUCUCUCCUCUGUGUAUCUAAUCUUCCAAUGCCUCUCUUUUAAGAUCUUUAUUCCUGUUAAGGUUCACAGGUUCUGAGAGUUAGGAUGUGGACAUACCUUUUUGGAGGCACCUCUGCAGCCCAGUACAGUCUGCCCUCUGGCCCCCAAAAUUUGUAUCUGUCCCAUGUGCAAAAUAUAUUCACCCCAUCUUAACAUUCCCCAAAGUCUCAACCCAUUAUAGCAUCAACUGUAAAUCUAAAAUUUCACCCGAACAUCAUCAGUUCAAUUGUCCCAAAUUUCAUCAUCUAGAUCAUCUAAAUCAGGUACAGAUGAAAAUCCUGGGGCAAAAUUCCUCUCCAGAUGUGAAUAAAUGAAGCAAAAUGAGGUAUCUGCUUCCAGAAUACAAUGGUGGAACAGGCACAGGGCAAUAGUUAUAUACAUUCCUGAUUGAAAACAGGGAAAAUGGAAAGUAGAAAGAAGUAACAUGGUCUGAUGACCUUCAAAAUUUCACCAGGCAAAGUCCCCUUUGGUUUCUUGGCAUGACAAUCCUCCUUGUUUCAGGACUCUAUCCUGUAGGUCUGCAGUUAUGGCCUCUUGGCCCAUGGAUCAUGUCUCUGUGCCCAUGGUUUGCACUUCUGCCUCUGCUCCCCUGCUUGGGCCUCUACCUCUGUACUUGAAGUUCUGCUCUGAGAAUGACCUUUUAUACUGAAGGGUGGCUCAUGUUUGCAGCUUUAUCAUCCUCUUUCUUGCCUAUAAAACUUUGGUAGUCUGACAAUCUCUCAUUUUGUCCUGUCUCGGUCCUUUUCAGGCCAGGCUAAAACUGUUUCUCAAAAACUUUGUGGGCCUCCCAUAUAUGUCAGAUUGAUUCAGUAUUGAGAUAACUGUCCUCACAGAUCAAUAAGUCAAGCAGAGAGAGUCAAUUAUCAUAUGGUUUCACUUAUUUGUGGAGUAUAACAAAUAGCAUGGAGGACAAGGGGAGUUAGGGAAGAGAAGGGAGUUGGGGGAAAUUGGAAGGGGAGGUGAGCCAUGAAAGACUAUGGACUCUGAAAAACAAUCUGAGGGGUUUGAAGCGGCGGGGGGUGGGAGGUUGGGGGAACCAGGUGGUGGGUAUUAGAGAGGGCACGGAUUGCAUGGAGCACUGCAUGUGGUGCAAAAACAAUGAAUACUGUUAUGCUGAAAAUAAAUUAAUUUAAAAAAAAAAAAAGAGUCCUCACAGAUCUUUGCUGGAUAAUGCCAUCUCUAUUCUUGGCUUCUGUUGACAUGGUUCAGUGGAUCCAUGAGUCAAUGCCUAAUCUCUUCAACACUAGCCAGAAGUUGUCUUUAUCGCUAGAGCACACUAUCCUAAUAGCGCAUCAGCUAAUUUUAGCAUCUUUUGCAUCUGAGUAGGCUCAAAAUUUCUGAAUUAUCAAGUUCUGGUUCCUUUCUGCUUAACAAUUAUUACCUUGAUUUACCUCAUUCCCCUUGUAUUUUACUAUAAGCUCAAGAAGAAAAUGGGCCCUACCUCCAGCACUUGGUUUGGAAAUCUCAGCUCAAUAUCCAAGUUCAUCACUAACAAAUUCUACUUUCCAUACAACUGUUGGAAACAAUUUAGAUAAGCUCUUUGCCACUAUAUAACAUGGAUCAACUUCCCUCUAGUUUCCAAUAAAAUGUUCCUCAGUUCCUUCUGAGCUCACCAAAAGUAACUUUAACAUUCAUAUUUCUAACAGCAGUAUAUAUUUUUCUAUCAAAUGCAUCACAAUUCUUCCAGCAUCUAUCCAUUAUCCAGUCCAAAGCUACUUCCACAUUUUUCGUUAUUCAUUAUAGGAGUACCUUACUUCCUGUUACCAAAAUCUGUUUUGGGUUCCUGUGGCUGCUGUAACAAUACACAAAACAUGAUAAAUUAACACAACAGAAAUGUAUUCUCUUACUCUUUGGGGGGGGGGGGGGCAAAAGCCCUAAAUUGGGGUCUUGGCAGGUCUGUACUCCCUUUGGAAGCUCCAGAAGAAAAUCUGGUCCUAUUCUCUUCCAGUUUCUUGUGACUGUCAUUCUUUCCUUAGCUGUGACCAAAUCUCUCUCUGUUCUGUUUUCACAUUACUUUUCCUUCUGUAUAUCUAAUCUACCUCUACCUCUCUCUUAUAAGAACACUUGUGGCAUUUGGGACCCACUUGGUUUAUACAUUAAAAAUCUCAUCUCAGUGUUCUUAACUGAAUCACAUCUGUGAAGACCCUUUUUCCAGAUAACGUAACAUAACAGGUCCCAGGAAUUAGAACAUGGGCAUAUUUGGGGGAAGCCAUCAUUUAGCUCACUACACUAGCCAUUGCACAUAAAUGUACUUUGCACUUCUUAAAAUGUUCUUGGUGCUUAAGCCAAACUCAAGGUUUCCUCUAGAAGCUAUCAUUUGUAUAGGCUACUGCAUGCUUUGAUGUUAAAUAGCUGAGCAGGCUAUUCCAAAAUUUGGUUGAUACUUUUGCUACUAUGGCCAAUGCUUAGCUUAAAAAAAUAAUUGGUUCCAACUCUGAGCUCUGGUAUUUCCCUUCUGCCCCUUUUAUGGAGUCUUUGACCAAAUGUCUUCUAUAAUUUAUAAUGCAGGCAUAAAACUACCUCUGAUACAGAAGGAUUCCUUACAAACUGACUUUAGAUAUUGUGAAUCCCUCAGCUGAAGGGAGAGGUGACAGCAAAGCCUGCUUUGAAUGGGUAUUGAGGGAGACUGUACCCAUACAAGACACCCAGAAGAAGUAUUUCAGUAGCAACAUAACUUUGGAUUCAUGCUAUCAUUUUGCUUCAGAUUAGCUACCUGCCUCUUCACAGGGCCAAGAAUGACUUGCAACCUUUAUAUAAUGCAUACUUACUUAUUAAAUAAAGUUAAGAUAAUACAUUAAAUGUUGUCUGCCUAUGAUAAUAUUAAGGAUGAGUGAAAGGCAUAAAUUGAAGUAUAAAGACAGGAUGUAAGAACAUCUUAGAAGGAGAAACUUCAACUGUACAGAAGUACAAGAGUGUUCGUGUUGUUUUUUUUGUUAAAGAUUUUAUUUAUUUGAGAGAGAGAGCAUGAGCAGGGGGGAGGGGCACAGGGAGAGGGAGAAGCAGACUCCCUGCUGAAGAGGGAGCCUGACCCAUGACCCAGUCUCAGGAUCCCGGGACCACAACCCGAGUCACAGUCAGAUACUUAACCAACUGAGCCAUCCAGGUGCCCCUACAAGAGUGUUUCUUUAAAGACCUGAUCAGGGGGAAAUCAUGGGAUAUAUUCAGAUGUACAUACCUGUGGGAAUCAUAAGAUUUUUUUUUUAAAGUAUUCUUUAGCACUUCUUACCAGUGUAGUGUAGAAAUGUUUGCACAACUUAAAAGUCCAGAAAAGUCAGAAGGGUGAUUCAUAUCUUCCAGGGAAACUAUACAGAAGAAGGGUUGUUGGUUUUGGGGUUUUGGUUUGGGUGGGGUUUUUUGUUGUUUGUUUUUUUGGUCUCGAUUAUAGAAUGAAAGCAAAUGGACUUCAAAUGCUCAGAGAGGUAAAAAUCUGGAAUAAGUAAUAAAGCAUUGUAUAUAAUUAUUCUCUGGAAGGCUUUCAAAAGAAUCUUUCAUCAUGAGUGGGUUGACUUGAAGGUGGAGGGUUAGAUAAGGUAAUAACCAGAUCUAUAAAUGAUAUGAUCCAAAGUACCUGAUGAGACCAUUGUUUCCCUUAGAAUUUUGGGCUGCUCUGGGAAUCAGGUACUUCAGCUUUUUUUUCUCCCCCCAGAGGCAAAUUCCUUAGUAGUGAGUCUGAAAACCUUAGUAUCUACAACUAGGGGAAUUUGAGUUUAAUGCCAAGAACUCAAAGGAAAGUGGAAAUCUGGAAAUUGAUAUGUAUGUAAUUCAUGUAACAUGGUGUAUAGCUUUGAUUUAUAAUAAAAGGAAAUGUAUAUCCGAA